UGCUUUGGUGGUGGCCACGAGAGUCCUGAGUGGACCUAAUCUAGGGCUGGGGGAGCUCAGUGAACGUGUGCACAUCAAAACCCACUUUGCCUCUCCCUUAAUCUGGGCAGCUCUCUGGCUGACCAGUAGCGGAUGAUGACCUAGGCAGUCAGCAACUGGGCGGGGAAUUUGACUCCCUUGGGGAGUUGCAGCAGCUUUGGAGGAGGGCAGGAAGGCGGGCUAAGUUUGUUGAGAAAUGCUGUAAUUUCCUUUUUGACUUUGACGGCAACUGUCCAGAAUCCAGAAUGGAUGUCCUCUUCGUAGCCAUCCUUGCUGUGCCAUUCAUCCUGGGACAAGAAUAUGAGGAUGAAGAAGGACUGGAGGAGGACGAUUACUAUCAGGUGGUUUAUUAUUAUACAGUCACUCCCAAUUAUGAUGACUUUGGUGCAAAUUUCACUGUGGAUUACUCCAUAUUUGAAUCAGAGGACAGACUGAACAGGUUGAAUCAGGAGGUAAAGGAAGGAGCAGAAACUACCAUUAGUCACGAAACAGAACAUGCAGACCAUCAGAAGCCUGAAACGUUGAAACCAAUGACAGUGGAAUCAAGUCCAGAUCUGAACGGUGCGGUAUCCGGUCUGCAGAGUCCUGCUCCCCUCCUCCUGUCCUGGGCCCUCAUUCAGGGGGGGAUGUAUUUCAUGUAGAAGGAAAAAGAAGGCGGCUACAAAUCUUUGGAUGGGGAUUUGGGAAGAAGAAAUUGGAAGAUAAAAAGAUAAAUAAAUGAAA